AUGACGAGCAGAGUCCAGCUGCGGGUUCGAGGACUGCACAGCGACGCGAUCAAGGCCAGGGUCGCCCGUGGCCUGGGCGUCGGGCGUGCACUGCCGCUGUAUUGCGCAGAGCAUGUCCAAUCCAUUUUCGGGCAGGCCACCGCGGGUGAUGCCCCUGAGGUGGUCAAUUUCGACGGCAGCGUUCUCGUCGGUGUCGGGUUAUUAUGCACGUUCCGGCAGCCCUCCAUUACGACGGCUCGCGACUCGUCGCACUCGGUCAGGUCGUCCGAAGCGGCUGCGCCGGAGCACUUAUAG